GGCCAAUUAUAUCUGUACACCCACAAUCAUCCCAUCUGUGAGCAUGUCUGACACUGAGUCGCCUUCCUCGCCGCUUCCGGCCUUUGAGACCAUUAUCCAGAACAUUGAGCUGGCCGCAAAAGACGCCAUCGAAUCUAAGGACUACUUGUCGUACUCCACCUUACUCGACAUCUACCUCGACAAUCCGUAUGCAUUCACAGAGGAACAGCGCACCGCGAUUGUAACCCAGCUUCUCGACGUCUUGUCCAAUACGGAAGGCAGCAAAGAAUUGAUCUACGAAGUGGGUUGGGACCUUCCUGCGUUACUUUUGAAGUACUUACACUCACACUUUGCGUUCCAUACACCGAUUCGUAACGCGCCGUGCUUCCAUCAAUGUGUCAAGAUCUUUGACUUGCUUUCACGCUUUGGCAAUCCGAAAGAGUUGUUCCUCAAGAGCUGUGAGCUCCUCAGCGUGACUACAAGGGUUGAUGCGGACGACGCAGGGCACGCGUUCGCCAACGCCGAUCGUAUCUUGCUUCUCAAGUUCUACUUGACACUUGAGCUCAUGAGCGCAACCUUGAAACGUAUUGUGACAAUAUACCCAUCUCGCUUCUUGUCCAUGGCGUUGACGGCACUCCUCUCGUUUGUGAACAAGAACAUUCAGGGUAUGGAUAACGUCGAGUUCGUUGUCAAACGUCUCUACGUCUUUACGCGGGACUACGUGCCUCCACAGAUCCCGGCUGAUGACCAGGAUGCUGAAAUCGAAGAUGAGGAGUAUUUGCAGGCAAAGUUGCUCAAAAGCUUUUCUACACAUUUGGUGGAAAUCGUUGGCAGACAGUUCUCCAUAGGCUGGUCGAUGGAAUUGUAUCCGAAGCUAGUGGGCUAUAAGAAUGGCACCCCAAAAGAGCAGACCAAGACGUACGCUGAAACCGAUUUGCACGAUCUUGAGGAUGCAGACGGUGAUCUGUUCAGCAAGAGGGGCGAGCUUAUGGACCGGAUGAUGGAGUUAGUGAUUUCCCAGGACGUUGACUUGAGGCAGUGUUUUGACGAGGAGAUUUCUAAAACGCGGGAUUUGCAAGAAUUGUUACAGGUCUUUGCGGAAAAUCCCAGUGUUUCCGAAAAUGACCUUAACGAGCAUUUUGUUACGCUCAUCGUCCAGGAGUACUACCAGCAGGCGUCAGCGAACAAAGCCGAGAUGAAGGAGAUUCCGUUGUCAUCUAUCGGUCUCUUAACCCUCUAUGCGCACAAGACUCUCGAGGGGGCCAGACCGGUGAUUCAGACCAGCUACGCCGAUUUGUCUGCCAUUGACAUUUUUUUGCUUACGUUACGCUACUACUUACCCCUCAUGGCGUCCACCAACGCUGCAAAGAGCUUCUCAAACAAGGCGCUUAACGAUGUGUUGUUGUCUUUCGCGCUCCUCAAGGUCAUCAUGAUCUCGGAAACCGAUGCCGCCACGUUGCUCAGCCUUUCAAAGUCUAGCGCUAUCGUCCGCAUCAUCAUCAAAGCGUACUUGCAGGUGUUGUUAACCGAAUGCUGCUCCAAUAUGGACUUGUCGGUGAAUCACAGAAUGGUGUUCUUCACGUUAAUGACCAAGGUGUUGGCGUUGGUCAGUGACGACGUGUCGUUUGAGUUCAUCGCCGACUCUUUAAAGAGCUGUCCGUUUCCCAACGGUAAGGUUGCCUUGAUCGGGGUACUUAAGGACUUGUGUGUCAAGGAUAAGAAGCAGAAAGACUCUACUGACGAAUUGACUGAGAAACUAGCCACGGUCAAGCUCAGCGGUCCACCGCUCCCCCCAAGAUCAACCAAGUUCAUUCCCUUGACCCACACGCGAAAGUUGACCAUCUUGCAGAGUAUCAGCCAGACGGUGGAUGAGCUUUUCCACGAUCCACACACGAUCCAGCCGGCCCAGUCGCAAAUGUUGAUUGCGUACUUGAAUUUUUUGGUCGCCACCAAGCAAUUCUUCAUCCAGGACGAGGACAGCAGCAUGCUUCUUGAGGAAAUUGUUGAGAAGCUUGAUGCCAAGCUCGCAGAAGUGAAAAGUUCGUACGAAGAGGGCAAGGAUGGCCAGGAGAUGGACACGGUGGUUGGACUCUUGGAAUUGGGUUUGGAAAGACUCGGGCUCUAGUGUAUUUACAGACUUGACAACCAGGCAGGGUUAGCGAUGAGCUGAAAAAGAGUGGCAUGACUCCUGUCCACGUGUUUAUUUAAUUUAAUGCUAUUUUCCAGA